AUCGCUUUGACACCAGAUUCUUUUCGCUAUCGUAAAGAAGACUUCCGUUCAUAGUAGCUUGAGGGCUUAUGUUUGUAUUUUUUUUUAGAUUUGUGAUCAUGUUAAAAUCCAAAGAGAAACCGUGAGAAAAUGUACGAUAGUACGUGUGGCGCUGCCGCCACAGGACAGUGUGGUAAAUCUCAGCGCGAAGGGGACGGACCUCCGACGCGAGAGCCUCCGCCGGCUCCUCUUGAACGAGAUUACAGCGGUUUUGAUAUCGUAAAGGCAACCCAAUAUGGUGCCUUCUCCAGAGUCAAGGAGCUGGUUGAAGCCGGCUGGGACGUGAACCAACCAGACCAUGAAACAGUCACUCUUUUACACUGGGCUGCUAUCAAUAACAGACGCGAGAUCAUUGAGUAUCUUCUAUCAAAGGGAGCGAAGGUAGAUGCCAUCGGUGGCGAGCUCCAAUCGACGCCGCUCCACUGGUCCACACGGCAAGGUCAUUUGGAAGCUACUGUCGCUUUGAUUAGGGCGGGCGGAGAUCCGUCUCUUAGAGAUGCCGAAGGUUGCGGCUGCCUGCAUUUGGCAGCGCAAUUCGGUCAUACAGCUGUCGUGGCUUACUUGGUGGCACGAGGGGUGCCUCCGGACGCGCCCGACGCGGGCGGGAUGACGCCGCUCAUGUGGGCCAGCUGGAAGGUUUGCGCUGUGGACCCGACCAGGCUUCUGCUAACCCUGGGCGCCUCCCCUCAACCAGCGGACCAUGCGCACGGCAACACGGCGCUUCAUUGGGCAAUCCUGGCCAGAAACGCCACCGCCAUAUCUACACUUAUCCUCUAUGGAAAUGCAAGUUUGGAUGUACCCAACCUAAGAGGUGUGACGCCUUUAACUAUGUUGAAGAGUAACACUGAUUCGCUGUGGGUCGGCGCCAAAGUAGCCGAUAAAAUAAAGGAACAAACCGCUGCCUCUUCAAAGAGAAAUAUCUUCCGCAGAUUAGCAUAUGACAAAAAGUUUCGAUGGUGGUGCGUCAUCAGUAUACCAUUCCUGGCUUUUUACGCUACCGGCCUGGUCCUCGAGAUGGACGCCCUCUACUUACUGAAGGGUUUCCUGCUCGUCUGUUUUUACGCACUACUACACUUCUUCACCAAUGCACUAUUUGACGACGAUCUCAAUAUAUUCCCGUUAAGUGUAUACCUGGCAACAAAGGUGUGGUUCUAUAUAACGUGGGUGGUGAUGAUAGCGCCGGUGGUAGGUGGUGGUGAGACGGUGGCCUUCCUUCUGUGCUCGAUGUCUCUGUGGUACACAUUCCUUCGUUCGUGGCGUAGCGAUCCAGGCGUCAUCUGCGCCUCGCGAGCUGAAAAGAUGAGAACUAUAAUCGAGUUAUCCGAGCGUGGCGGCGGCGGUGGGUUCGAGCCGGCUCGUUUCUGUUCCGCGUGUCUCCUCCGUCGUCCGCUUCGCUCUAAGCACUGUUCGGUCUGUAACCGCUGCGUCGCCAAAUUCGACCACCACUGCCCGUGGGUUGCUAAUUGCAUCGGUGCGAAGAACCACCACUAUUUCAUCGGUUUCCUGGCCAGCCUGCUGGUGAUGUGCGCGUGGAUGCUGUGGGGCGCGGCUCAGUACUUCACCUCAGUGUGCGGCGCGGCGUCGGGCGGGACGGUCGUGCUGGUGUGGCUCCAGUGCAGUCCCUGGCUCGCCUGGGUCUCACUGAACGCCGCCUUCCACCUGUUCUGGGUGACCGUGCUGUCGUGCUGCCAGCUGUACCUCGUGGUGUGCCUCGGCAUGACCACCAACGAGCAGUUGAACCGCGGCCGCUACAGGCACUUCCAGGCUCGCGGCGGUCGCUCGCCCUUCACGCGCGGUCCCCUCAACAACCUGGCGGACUUCUUCCAGUGCCGGCUGUGCGGCCUGCUGGCCCCUCGGCCUCGCGACUGGUCCGCCGCCGGCCUCGACGACACCGAGCCCAUGUUGCCGCGCGACACUCACUACGUCUGAGCGCGGCCCGACGUCGGCGCUGGCACAGAGGUCUGAACCGCUGUUUUCGAAACUUGAACUCCCCCCUUCCCCUCCUUCGCCCCGCCGACGUCCCCUCGCUCUUUGAGAAAUCUAUCAUCGAAUUAGUAUUAGGAUUUCCGACCCCCGGUCCUAGCCUCCGCCGGACCGAUCUAUCUAGAUGUUAAUUUAUGUAAUUUUUAUUUCCUUUUAAUAGAACUGAUGUUACAAAUGAUGUAUACCUCCUAAACCGCUUAUUACCGGGUAGAUGAUUAUGAGUUGUAUGUGCAUGCUGUUGUUAAUAUAAAGUACAAUUUAAUACGCUGCGAGUGGUGACGCCGAGCGUCUGUGUGACGUCACAAAUGCUCGGAAACCCGUUCACUGCUUAUAUAAAGCCAGUCAGGAUUUUUUUAAAUUAUAACCCGUGAUUUACACUCGCGUACGAGUCGCGAGACGAGGCACGAGCUGAAGCACAAGGUGACAGUUUAAAAAGUCGCUCGAGAGUGUAAAUUACCAACGAUUCCAGACCCAAUGCACUCGUAAUAAGAGCGGUAAUUGUUCGCCUCGUCGCGAGCGCAAGUGGCGGGUUACAUCAAACGUUUUACUUUGUAAUGAUAAUACAAUAUUUAGUGUAAAUAAAUAUAUCAUAUUCCUUAAUAGAAUUCAUCUCUCGCUAGUUCGCUGUACAUACGUUAAACGCUACUUAGAUAGCCCUUUUGUGUAUUUACAAAUUGUUAAUAUAUUUUGCAGGGUGUGCUGCGCAUGUUUGUAAAUCGUAAAGACGUUAGUUUUGUAUAAUUUUACUAGUAGUUAUAUAUUUAACCGCUAAUGUUUUUAUAUUCCGUUGAACAAAGAUAAGUUUCCAACAAAAGCCUCAGAGUAGAUGUAGCUGUGUGCGUGUGUGAGCGAUGGUAAGUGUUGUAUAGUUUUGUUUAUUGAGUUUGUAUUUAUAGAACAAAUUUCAGUUUAAAGCCAAACACGACUUCAUUGAAUCCUUAGAUUGAAAAUUGCAGCUCGUAUUCGUUAGAAUUGCAUCGUCACUUUACAAUUUUUUAUUUUAUUUUAUGAUCGUGCUCAUUAUUUUUCCUUAUUUUAAGAAAUUAACUUCUUUGGUAAUUGUUAUUUCUAACAAAAUUAAAUAGAUAUUUACUUUUACAACAACUCGCCCACCUUAGUCCUUAUAUAUUUUUAAUGGGUUAUAUUUUUUUAUAGUUGUCUGUGAGUAUUAGCUUUUCUAUUUUAGUUUCGGAUGUAAAUAUAUUAAGUUUUCUCACAAAUAUCAACAAAUCUAUAUUUAACUACCUAACUAGAUAUGCUUCAUAUCAAUUUAUAUCUGACAAAAGAUUCUAAAUAUUCCUGUUUUUAUUGACUUUAUAUAACUCUUUGCCUGAAGGUAUUCACGUUAGGGGGCAAAGAAAUCUUGGCAGUUUUAAUCGAAUAAAUCUUAAUUUUCUUUACAUUGUUUCCUUUUUAUCUUUUAGGAACUGUAAUUAGAUAUUCGUAUUAAUUAUUAAACAAACAUUUUUAUAGUAUAGAUGUACACAAAAUUAUAUUUUUUAACGUACAAAGUAAUCUUUUUACUAACAUUCAAACGGUCUUUGUAAAUGAAUAGGAAAUCAUGUUUUUAUAAUUUAAACCGGUACGUUAACUACUGGCAAGGUUUGUUUGGUGCUUAACUUUGAGAAUAUUAUACUAUUGUGAAGGUCAAUAACAUAUUAUAUGUAUUAUUAAAUGAUACCAAAUGCAUUUUAACUAAUUAAAGAAAUUUAAACUUA